AUGAAGGUCUUUCACGCUCUGCUUUUCGCUGCAUUCGCCAUCUCUACCGUUUCAUGUGCUACAAUUCGAGUUACAGCUACUGAUUCAGAAGUGUCCGAGAAGAAUUCGUCAAGUCUCCCGAUCGCAUCUCUUGCGUCCUCAGCCGCCUUUGAUGUUGAGAUCCCCUCAGAUGCAGAGGAUCCGGAUCAGGAGAUCGACUCGCCAGCCAGCGACUCAAGUCAGACGUCCAGCGCAAGUAAUCUCGAUGAUGAGACCUCGAUGGGGAGCGAGGAUGACUUGGGCCCGACUGGAAACUCGGGCGGAGCCAUUCCUCCUCGGGUUGGGCCAAUGCUACCUGGUUCAUCGGAUGCCACAUCCCAUGUGAAGACCACUAUGGGCUCUGUCGCGGUAACUGUCGUCGCUGUAUGUGCCUACUUUCUUUAG